AUGGGUCACAGAAGCAUGGCUCUUCUUAAUGACACACAAUUCCAUCCAUAUUGUUUUCUCCUUCUGGGAAUUCCAGGUCUAGAAUACGUGCAUUUAUGGAUUGGUUUUCCAUUUUGUGUUGUAUAUUUGACUGCCCUACUAGGAAAUGCUACAAUUAUUUUUAUGAUUCAGACUGAACCCAGUCUUCAUCAGCCCAUGUUCUACUUCCUGGCCAUUCUAUCGUCCAUUGACCUGGGCCUGUCUACAUCCACCGUUCCCAAGAUGCUUGGCAUUUUCUGGUUCAACCUGAGAGAGAUCUCCUUUGAGGGUUGUCUCAUCCAGAUGUUCUUCAUCCAUCUAUGCACUGGCAUGGAGUCAACUGUGCUUUUGGCCAUGGCCUAUGAUCGCUAUGUGGCCAUCUGUAACCCCCUUCACUACACACUGGUGCUGACAAACAAGGUGGUGUCAGUUAUAGCACUGAUCAUCCUUGUGAGACCCUUAGUCUUUGCAACCCCAUUUGUUGUGCUCAUCCUACGACUGCCCUUUUGUGGACACCGAAUUAUUCCUCACACUUACUGUGAGCACAUGGGCAUUGCUCAACUCUCCUGUGCCAGCAUCAAAAUCAACAUCAUCUAUGGCUUGUGUGCCAUCUCUAUCCUAGUGUUGGACGUCAUAGCCAUUGUCCUCUCCUAUGUCCAGAUCCUCCGUGCUGUCUUCCGCUUACCUUCCAGGGAUGCCCGACUGAAGGCACUCAGCACCUGUGGCUCCCAUGUCUGCGUUAUAUUGUCCCUUUAUACACCAGCCUUCUUCUCCUUCAUGACCCACAGGUUUGGUCAUAAUGUUCCUCGUUACAUCCAUAUUCUUCUGGCCAACUUUUAUGUUGUAAUUCCACCUGCUCUCAACCCUGUCAUUUAUGGAGUCAGAACUAAGCAGAUCAGAGAGAGGGUAAUUAAUGUUUUAAGAAAUAAAUGA